AUGCUGGGUGCCAUGUUCCUGCUGCUGGCUCUUCUCCCAGGGACCUCCACCUUGCCCAGCGGGCUCCCUGCGCCCCCGUUCCCGGCGGCGCCCGGUUCCUGGCUGCGCCGACCACUUUUCAGUCUAGAGCUAUCGGAGGUGGAGGACGCCUUCCCGCGCCGCGCAGGGCCGCUCGAGGUCCCAGCGGACAGCCGCGUGUUCGUGCAGGCGGCCCUGGCUCGUCCCUCCCCUCGCUGGGGCCUGGUUCUGCACCACUGCUCAGUGACACCAUCCUCGCGCCCGGCACCGGGGCCCGCCCUGGCGCUGCUGCGCGGAGGCUGCCCCGCCGACUCCUCGGUCGCCUUCCCGCCACCGCCGCCACGCCCUGGUGCUGCCCGCUUCAGCUUCCGCCUGCGCCCUAUCUUCAACGCCUCUGUGCAGUUUCUGCACUGCCAGCUGAGCCGCUGCCACCUCCGGGGAGCCCGCCGGACUCCUGUGCCUGUGACGCUGCCGCCGCCGCCGUCGUGUCUGCCUCAGGAUGAGGCAUGCGCUGGCGCCGGCAGUGGCAGCGGCGAGAGUCUGGGUGCCGAUGCCCCCCACCUGCACACGCUGACGCAGCCCAUCUUGGUGACUGUGCCGCGGCCGCCCCCAAUGCCACCCAAGGGCGUCCCCGGCAGAGCCGUACACCCGGAGCCUCCUGCACCUCUUGCACCUGCUCAGGCAGCCCUGGAGCCCGCGCCAGUGGUGGCGCUGGUGGUGGCUGCCUUCGUGCUGGGCGCCGCGCUGGCCGCGGGUCUCGGCCUUGUGUGCACGCACUCAGCGCCUCCACCUCCUGGCCCGCCCCCAAGAACCUCGCCUAGAGGCCCUCAGCCCAGAAGGCCCCAGUGAGGCAGGGAUGGUGCGCCCCCAGCAGGGUCCAGAGACUCACCAGCCAAGGCAUCAGACAAGGCUCGCAAGACUGGACCGGCCACUUGACCUUGGACCCAUGGGACCAUGAUCCCUGUGCCUGCCCUUCUAGCUCUUCCUCCCACCUGGGCUUAAAAUAAACAUC